CAAAAGGCUCAUAAUGUUAGACCACAGGGCCAGAUAUAUUCCAAUAAUACCUGACAGUCCUGAGAUGACCCACCCAACGUGUUCCCGAAAUUUCAGUGAUGUGAAUGACUUUCUGAAACCCAGUGUAGACACACAGAUAAAACAGAUUCAUGUGCAUCCAAUGGACGUUCAGAUGGCAGCAUUUCACUGCUCAGAUAGCUUCCUUAAACAGAUGAUGAUAACAAAGCUCUCUCAGUGCCAGUAUGCCUUACCUUUGCUUGCUCCUGACCCAGUCACAAAUGAGAUUGAGUGUCCCCUGUGGGCAUUCAGACAAAUAACAAAAACCUGGAAACCAACAGAAAUCAAAAGUGACUCAAAGACUGUUGCCAUAAAAAGUAUGCCAAUCUACAAAGCUGAGACACCCUUGGUGUCAUUUUUCCGCCUGGGUUCACAGUCAGUGUCUAAAUCUGAGCUGAUGAACACUUUAAUCAAUGACCGUCACAGCACUUUCUUCCAUAGAAAAAGCCCAGGAAGCACCCAGUGUCACCAUUUGAUGGAUGGUGUGGCAGAGAUUGCCUGGUACUGUCCUGCUGGAAAACCCAAUGACAUCUUUAAUGACUGCAUUGCCUUUUGUAAUCUUCAUGGUGAUGCUCUGUCAUUUGAAAAACAACGUGACAUACUAAUUGAUAAAUCUACAGUGAAUGUUGUUCUUGUUUCAGCUGAGCAAAACAAUGAGAAAUUUACCUCAGUUAUGUCACUCCUUUUCAAUUCUCAAAAGCCUCUUAUUUGCCUGUUUGAUGGUGAGAACUGUAAUGUUGCGGAUGAAAAAAUGAGAAAAUACAAAAUGGGUGUCAAAGACAGAAGCCACUCAGACUUAUAUGAAGGAAUAAAAAAGAUCAUUAAGGAAGUUUUAUAUUCUCCAGAUGGUUCCAGCUUUAAAACAUCCUUCCAGCUUGAAGCCAUGGCUGAGCUUUCAGGAAUCAGAGUGGAUGAAAAUGAUCCACCCUGUAAAGAAGGGAAAUCUUCUGCUAUGAAAAUACUGGAUUUACUCACAAAGAACAACUUGGAUGUCUCAAAGAUCAAAGAUGAAUUGCUCCCUUGUCAAGGCAAACUUUGGCAUCAAUGGAGUGAAACACACAAAGAAAUGUAUCAUCUCAGAGGACAAAUUGAAAAUGACAAAAGUAAAAAACAACAGGCACUGAUGAACAUACGGAAAAAACAAUGUGCGGCCUCCAGCAGUAAACUGAUCAAGGUGUUUACUGGAAGUCUGUCAUCAUUCCCAGCAACAACAAAAAAGUAUUUCCUGAAAUGGACUCAGAUCUUUAUAAAUUCUCUCACCACAGAGAAUAUUCCUUUAAUUCUCCAAAACUACGAUGAAAAGUGGUCUGAAGUCUUGGCUUUGAAAAACGAACAUGACAAAUCAAAUCAAAUUAAAGAUUUGUUAUUGGAAAAACAAACUGAGCUUGAAGAAAUUUCCAAAAAACUGCAGUCUGCAACUUUUGGUUUGGAGCACAUCUUCAGAGAAAUGGGACAGAUCUUUGAAGCCCAUAGAGCAGUGGAAGGAGAGAAGAGACACACUGACUGGUACAAAUACCCUGAGCUGGCUGCAGAGCUGAUGAUAUCAGGAUACCCAAUGGAGCUGAUGGAUGGUGAUGCAGGCCAUGUACCUUUAACAUGGAUCUCCAGUCUUUUGGAGGAAGUCAUCAACAAACUGGGGGACCAGAGAGUUUUUGUGUUGUCGGUUUUGGGCAUACAAAGCAGUGGAAAGUCAACAAUGCUGAACACCAUGUUUGGAUUGCAGUUUGCAGUGAGUGCUGGCAGAUGCACAAAGGGUGCCUUCAUGCAGCUGCUCAAAAUAUCAGAAGAAAUCAAGAAAGAUUUCAAGUUUGACUAUGUUCUAGUGGUGGACACUGAAGGACUGCGCGCUCUUGAGCUGGAAGGUAAAAGCACUCGUUACCAUGACAAUGAAUUGGCAACUUUUGUUUUUGGUGUGGGAAACCUGACACUGAUCAAUAUCUUUGGAGAGAAUCCAUCUGAGAUGCAAGACAUUCUGCAAAUUGUUGUUCAGGCUUUCAUGAGGAUGAAGAAAGUAAAAAUUUCUCCUAGCUGUGUGUUUGUUCACCAGAAUGUUGCAGAUGUUGCAGCUGCGGAGAAAAACAUGGAUGGAAAGAGACGCCUGCUAGAAAAACUGGACCAGAUGGCCAAACUUGCAGCCAAAGAGGAGGUUUGUAAUGUAGAGUGCUUCAGUGAUGUGAUUGAAUUCAUUGUACAGGAAGAUGUGAAAUACUUUUCCCAGCUAUGGGAGGGCAGUCCACCCAUGUCGCCUCCAAAUCCUGGUUACAGUGAGAGCAUCCAAGAACUAAAGAAAACUAUCCUCUCUAAAGCAUCAAAAUCUGCUGGGAUCAGACUUUCAGAGUUCAAAUCUAAAAUUAAGGACCUGUGGAAUGCCCUUCUAAAUGAAAAUUUUGUUUUCAGUUUUAAAAACACACUUGAAAUUGCAGUGUACAGAAAACUUGAGGUCCAGUAUGGGAACUGGACCUGGACUCUGAGGAGCAAGAUGCUGACCACUGAAAACCAACUUCACAAUAGAAUUGAGAAUGGAAAUCUUGACAACGUGGGGGUGAUUUUUCUUAACAAAGAAACAAGCGAAACAUUUGAAGGAAUCAAAAAAGAUUUGGAAAAGUACUUUGACAAUGACAGAGAGAAAGACAUUUUGGCUCAGUGGAGAGGCCGAUUUCAAAUCAAAAUCAAGGAGUUCCGUGAUGAACAUGUGAUCAAAGUGAAAAGAAAACUGGAUGAGGUUAUCCAGCAGAAGAAGGCUUGUAAAAAGCUAGAUGAUAAGAAGCCAGUGUUCGAGAACACGCUGCUACAAAAGAGCAAAGAGCUUGCUCAGCUGCUGAAAGAUAAUGACAAAAAUGAAAACGAGCUUGAAAAACAGUUCACCUCUGUUUGGAGAGACUGGGUUACUGAAAUAACAACAGAUAAAGAGCCUUUUGAGGACAUCAACUUAAAAGAAGAUUACUAUACUAUCAUUGAAGAACUUGGUUUUGAACGAACUUUAAUAAGUGACUGCGAAAAAAGUGGCAAAUACAAGAAAUUAUUAGAGGUAGGUGAUUAUUCCGAAUACAUAAUACUUUCGGAGAACAAGGAUUUCUAUUCAAAAACAAAAGAAAUACAAAAUAAAUCUCUGAGUUACUUGCCACAUGACGAACAAGAGCAGAUUAAAUUUCUCAUAGAUAAAGCUGAUAAAGAGUCACUUGAUGCAAUCAGAAGUAAACCUAUAGCUAUCAGAGGCUACACAUCAACUUACUUGCAAGAAGUGGCCAAACAUAUAAGAAAAGUAGUGGAGGACUUUCAGACAGAGAGAAAAUAUUAUUUGAAGGAGGAGUUUACAGUUGAUCUCUUACUGUAUGUGUUUGGCUGUGUUGAAAGUUGGGUUGUAGAGUCUCAGCAGAAAUUCAGAAUUAACAAUGAUGAACUCACUUAUUUACAAAGUAAAAAAGCACAGUAUUACAACAUUUUUAGAAGCUUUUGUAAGGGAAACUCAUCUGCUGUUGUGCUUGGAGAACUGGUCUGUGAAACACUGAAAACCUCUAUUCCAUUGGCUGUCUAUAACAAGACUGCCAUUGGUCUCGCCGGAGAGAUGAGGUGUAAUUUACCUGCAUUCAAUGAGAACAGGCUGAACUUGGAAAAACAUUUGUUGAAGUCCCUUGCUGAGAAAGAGGACUUUGCUGAUUUCAGGGAAUAUAUCAGAAAUCCAAGGAGAAAAACAGAAGAUUUUAUAAAAGCAGAAGUAGAGAAAUACAUUUUUGAGGAUCAUAAAGAUAAAGCUGUGGAUAUACUCAAGAAAAAUGUUGAGGAGAUCAACAAACUUGUGGAACAAGCUUUAUUUACUGCAACUGAGAAGGUCAAAUCCCAGAGUGGUGAUACAAGUAUGUGGCUGAAGGAAUUUUCUGCUUUGCUAAAAGAUGAGCUAACAUUUGACACUCCCAACUUUUCUGAAAACUUCAGUGACAUAAACUUUGUUGACUUUUUCAAGGAGAUGAUAAAGAAAAGCUUUAAAUUGAUCACUGAACAGAUGAGCAGCCUCUCACUAGAUAAACUGAGAGAAUCCAGGCAGAAGCCUGAAGAAAUCCUCAUUGAGCAACUGUGUAAAUGCUGUUGGGUAACAUGUCCAUUCUGUGCAGCUGUUUGUACCAAUACCAUUGAAGAUCACAGUCCUGAUGACCACAGUGUUCCCUUCCAUCGAGCUGCUGCAAUUAAUGGAGUGCACUGGAGAAAAACAGUGGAGUUUCACACUGAUUUCUGCACAACAAAUGUUGCAAGUGAGCUUUUUUUUUACCUUUCUUAUGUUUCAGAGGAAUGUUUUCCCUAUAAAGAGUACAGAAAAGCUGGUCCAAUGUAUGCUAACUGGAGAAUCACUCCUGAUGAGUCUAAAAUGGCGUACUGGAAAUGGUUUGUCUGUAAAUUUCAAAAAGAACUGGAGGAACACUAUAGCUUAGAAUUCAAGGGCAAAGGAGAGAUUCCCAAAGAAUGGAGACAAAUUAAAAAACAUCAAGCUAUUAAAAGUCUGGAUGAAAUGUGUGAAUGAGUCAAAGAAAGCAACACUGCCAAAAAAAAAAAAGGGUACUGUGUUUUGACAUUGUAACCCAUUAAUCAAGGGUUGAAAAAAACUGAUUCAUAAUGAUUUUUUUAUUUGUACCUGUCUGGUGAUUUUUUUAAUGAGAGAAAAAUGAUCUGUGGGUCAUCUGUAAAAUUACGUGAAGAAGGUGAUUAGACUGGUUAGAUUUCGAGUUAAGGAAAAGAGGGCAUUAUAUUUUUUGUUAAUAUGGAAAACAUACAUAUACACUAUGGAAACUGACACAUUACAGUGACUUAGAGGUAUAUUAGAAAAAAGAAAACAGGAAAAUAAAUUAAUGUUGUUAGUUAGAG